CAAAUCAGAUGCUCACGCGACCUUUCUCUCGACAACACUCUCGACUUUUUGCUUCCGGUGUCGAUCUCUCGUUGUUUCUAUACAGAUUCCGUAGAUCUCCAGUUCGUUGCAUCUGCUCGUGAUCUGACUAUAGAAAGUUGGAUGCUUUGAAUCUGGGUCUUUGCCUAUCCCUUAGUUAUGUGUUUUGAUGCCCUUUAGCUGUUCGAAACGAUUGUUAUCAUCAUAUUAGCUUUGGAUCUAAAGUUCCAUUUUGUAGGCAGCGUGACAAGUUCAGACCAAUGGCGCUAGUUGUGAUUUGUGGGCAACCUUGUAGUGGCAAAUCAACAGCUGCAGUAACCUUAUCCGAAGCACUGAAAGAAUCUGAAACGAAGCAGAACGUUAGAAUCAUCGACGAGGAUUCGUUUCAUCUAGACCGCAACCAGAACUAUGCCAACAUGCCUGCAGAGAAGAUGCUUAGAGGAAAGCUUAGGUCGGAUGUUGAUAGAUCUGUUUCGAGAGGAGACAUUGUUAUUGUAGAUUCUUUGAACAGCAUUAAAGGUUACAGAUACGAGCUGUGGUGUAUUGCGCGUGCCGCUGGGAUUAGGUACUGUGUUCUCUUCUGUGAUGUGGAUGAAGAUCGUUGCAGGGAGUGGAAUAAGGAACGUGAGGGUAGAGGUGAGGCUUCGUAUGACGAUGGUAUAUUCGAGGAUCUGGUGAGAAGGUUUGAGAAACCUGAGAGGAGGAACCGAUGGGAUUCGCCUCUCUUUGAGCUGUUCCUUUCUAGAGAUGGAAUAGAGAAAUCAUCUCCUGUGGUUUUAGAGGCUGUGACUUAUCUGACCAAGACUGUUGAUUCCAAAACUCAAGACGUGAGGAUCCUCCAACCGAGUAUUGCUACACAGUCCGCUAGAUUCUCUGAAGCGAAUUCUCUCUACGAGUUGGACAGAGCGACACAAGAAGUUAUUAAUGCGAUCGUGGAACAACAAGCGCUUGGUGGGGCUAUAAGCAGGGUUACUCUGGGUAAUGAUCUUCCUCCGAUUGAAAUCUGCAGACCGAUUGGAUUACCGGAGCUAGGGAGGCUUAGAAGAACGUUUGUUAAGUUGAUGGGUCAGUCGAGUCUGAGCGGGCCGCCGUUACCAACUGACGCAAACAGUGGAAAGAGACGGUUUGUGGAUUACUUGAACAGAGAGUUUGGAGGUAGUAACGCUUGAAGUUAGUUGGGGAAGAACCACUUUCCAAUUUGGUUUUUGCAUUUUCUAAACACAAGUCAAGUUACACUUUGUGCUCUUCAGUGAAAAGUUGUGGACAAAUUGAUGUAUUUUUCUUAUGCAAACAUAUAAUUAUCAUUUAUCAAGUUAAAACAGUUUUUUUGUGUAAUAAUAUCUUUCCAGUUCUUGAA